CCUCUGACACACACACACUCUCUCUCUCUCUCGCACACACACUUCACACACUGCACAAACAUUCCAUCCAAUUUCAAAAUGGCAUCAUGGAUCCUCUCUCUCAAACUUCUGUUAAUCUCCACCGCCCUCAUAUCCGUUGCCGUAACAAUCAAACUCUCAAUUCCAUUUCUAUCCACCGGCCUUCCGGCCUUCUUGUCCGCCGUUGCCACCUGGCUCAAACCUCCCUAUCUCUACGUCAUCAUUAACGGAAUCAUCAUCACCAUCGCCGCCACUACACGCUUCCAACACCACGACAAUCAAUCUCAGCCGCAAGUACCCAACACUCCUCCACCGUCAGAUCUGACAUCGAAUUCGACGAGUUUUGGUGUAAUGGAGAUUCCGCCGGUGAGUUACGAUGUUGAGCCAACCGUAACGGUGGAGCCUCCGGUGGUGUAUGAGAGUAAGGAGGUGGUUGGAGUAAGUGAGGAUGAGUUUGUAACAUCGGGAUCCACGUGGAAGCCGUUAGUGAGUGUUGUUAACUCUCCUCCUUCACUCCGGAAGAAGGUUGAACCAGAGUUUGGUUUUCCGGUGAAGGAGAAGCAACCGGUGAUUUCAAGAUUUGCCAACAGUCGGAAACCGGUGAAAGCCAGUCCGGAAGGUGCAAGAGCAUUGAGAGUCCUAAAACCAAAGAAGCACGAGACACUAGAAACCACAUGGAAGAUGAUAACAGACGGCCGUCAACUGCCGUUAACAAGGCACCUCCGUAAAUCCGACACCUUCGACAAUCCAUCAGAGAAUUUAACCGCAAUGACAAAGACAAAAAUUGUGAAAAAAUCCGAAACAUUCAAGGACCGUACAACAACAACAACAACAUACGCAAACCAAAAUGACUACCCGUCAACCAACUCGAAGCUGAAGAAAGAUGUGUCACUGAGUCAGGAUGAGUUGAACCGGCGAGUUGAAGCGUUCAUAAAGAAGUUUAAUGAUGAUAUGAGGUUGCAAAGACAAGAGUCUUUGAAACAGUACAUGGAGAUGGUCAAGGGUGGGGCCCGCUGAUUAAAUAAAUAGUGUUUUUUGAUAUUUAAGGAAAAGGGUUUUUAUAAUUUGGUUU